UGGCAGGCCUUGCCUGUUUGCACCAGAACGGUUACUGCUGCAAAAUAUGCUCGGCUUUAAAGUCACAGGCACCCGUUUUCCACGUUCAUUUGGACGAGCACUGAAAAAUUAAUGUCACUUUGUGGGAUAGGAAUCUCGACACGAUCCAGUGGAUUUGCUGCUAAACUAUGGAUCCCAGUGAGCUUCCAGGGUCUCUAAACCCCUUCCAGCUUGCAGACGAGGCUUUGAGGAACGACUUGCUGACCAUGCCCACCAGCAUGGAGGUCCCCGGCAGCGACUUGCUGGGGUUGGAUGAGUACAGCGCUGCCACGCCCACUCUGACCCAGUCCGAGAGAGUCAGGCAAAAGACGCAGGACAGCUUGAGCAUCUUGGAGAACCCGGACUCCUUGGAACUGUCCAAGACCCAGGUGGAGGAGUUCUACAGCAAAGUGUUCCCAGAGCCGUCUGGAUCGGCGGGUCCCUGGCCAGCAGAUGUGCCUAAAAUCGGGGAAGCCGAGGCUGUGAUGCCAAAGGAGGCUGGGGAUGUAGAGAUGGAGGAGGAGGAGGAGGAGGAGGUUGAGGAUUUGGUAGGGAAGGAGUCAGGGAAUGACAUUGGCAGCUCUGAGGAGGCACCACAGCCACAAACGGAAGAGGAGCAGACAAAAAGUACACUGGUAGUGAAGCCCGAAUUAAAAGCUGAAAGUAGCACUGUAAGCCCCCCCUCAUCUGCAUCCCCGGCCGUAUCUAACCAGGAGGUGCCUUUGGUAGAUGAGAAAAAGACUGACUCCAAAGAGCCUGAGCCUGAGCAGGGGGAGAUUGAGCCUGAGCAGGGGGAGAUCGAGCCUGAGCAGGGGGAGAUCAAGCCUGAGCAGAGGGAGAUCGAGCCUGAGCAGGGGGAGAUCGAGCCUGAGCAGGGGGAGAUCGAGCCUGAGCAGGGGGAGAUCGAGCCUGAGCAGGGGGAGAUCGAGCCUGAGCAGGGGGAGAUCGAGCCUGAGCAGAGGGAGAUCAAGUCUGAGCAGGGGGAGACCAAGCUUGCAGAAGUUGCCUCUACAGCGGCAUGCCAGACCUCUGAUGUAGAUAGCCUGGUGCAAAUCAAAAAUGAGUGUAAAGCUGAAGAAGGUGAUACAGCAGCAGAGGGCAGCAAAAGCCAACAAGCCAGCGGGGUCAAAUCGGAAGAAAAGCCAGAGGUACCACCAGCAGCUGCUAAAGUCUCCUGUACAGAUCAGACACUGGGGACUCCUGCAGCCUCUAGCCCAGCCGAAAAAACAGCUGAUGCUUCAGAGGAAAAGCCCAAAGGCAGAAUGGAAAUGAGGAGAACUGAACGCCUUAGGAGAACCGAGUUCUUGAAAAACGAAUCCCGGGGAUCGACAGGACUUUCAGACAGUGUUCAGUUAUCUGAUGACGACUCUGACGCCAUGGUGGACGAUCCCAACGAUGAGGACUUUGUCCCGUGCAGCACCCCUCGACGCUCCAGCCGGAUGUCUCUGCGCAACCAGAGGCCUCACACGCCGGCAACUGCGGCAGUCCCCCCCGGUGCACACAGCCGACCCAGGAGCACAGUUCACAGUGCCCCGAGCACGCCGCACAGCACGCCACAGAGCACAGUGCACAGCACACCCCAGAGCACACCUCACAGCACACCCCAGAGCGCGCCCCCGCGCUCACUCACCAAAAUGUACUGUGCACACUGCAGGACCCCCCUGCAGAAGGGGCAGACUGCCUACCAAAGGAAAGGGAUGCCUCAGCUCUUCUGCUCUUCCAUCUGCCUCUCUGCCUUCUCCAAGAAACCGCCAAGGAAGAAGCCUUGCGUGUUCUGCAAAAAGGACAUUUGGAGUACAAAAGAUUCCGUUGUCGCCCAGACAGGGCCGGGAAACUCUUUCCAGGAGUUCUGUAAUAAAACUUGCCUUUCACUUUACGAAGCCCAGUUACAAAGGGCAUCUGUUCCGACAGCUGAUUCUACUGCCCCAAGGUGUAGCAUCUGCCACAAAGCAGGAGAGAUCCAGCAUGAAGUGAGCAGUGGCAAUAUGGUCCACCGUCUUUGCAGUGACACCUGCUUUACCAAGUUCAGAGCCACAAAGGGGCUGAAAACAAACUGCUGUGAUAACUGUGGGGUGUACAUCUACAACAAAGGGCUUCCUCUAGAGUACCUCUUUCACGAGGGACAGCAGAAGAGGUUCUGCAACUCUGCCUGCUUAGCCAUGUACAAGAAGAAAAACACCAAAGUGUACCCGUGCAUGUGGUGCAAGACUCUGUGCAAGAACUUCGACAUGCUCUCGAGUGUGGGCCGCAAUGGCAAAAUGGGACUCUUCUGUUCUGUGUGCUGCAUCACGUCUCACAAAGUCAAGAACGCAGGGCCCACAGUUCCUCCCAAGCCGUGCAGCUUCUGCAGGCGCAGUCUGUCAGACCCGGGGUAUUACAACAAGACCGACAGGGUGGUCAGUCAGUUCUGCAGUCCCAGCUGCUGGACUAAAUUUCAGAAAUCCAGCCCCGAAGGUGACAUUCAUUUAAACUGUCACUCCUGUCACAAUCUAUUCAGCGGCAAGCCUGAAGUACUGGACUGGCAGAACACCAUCUACCAGUUCUGCUGUAAAGAGUGCUGUGAGGAUUACAAGAGGCUGCACGGAGUGGUGUCGGUCUGCGAGCACUGCAAGCAGGAGAAGCUGCUGCACGAAAAGAUCAAGUUUUCAGGAGUGGAAAAGAAUUUCUGCAGUGAAGGCUGUAUUUUACUGUACAAGCAGGACUUCACUAAGAACCUGGGCCUGUGUUGCAUUACUUGUACAUACUGCUCCCAGACAUGCAAACGAGCUGUAACAGAAGAGCUGGAUGGCAACACCUGGGAUUUCUGCAGCGAGGAAUGCAAAACCAAGUACCUGCUCUGGUACUUUAAGGGAGCCAGGUGCCAUGCCUGCAAACGACAAGGGAAGCUUUUGGAAACCAUACACUGGCGUGGGGAGAUCAAACACUACUGUAACCAGCAAUGCCUCCUGCGUUUCUACAGCCAGCAGAACCAGCCCAACCUGGACACUCAGAAGGGGCCCGAGAGCUUGCUAAACAAACAUACGCAAGAGUCGAAAACAUCAACCACUGCUGCUAAGAAAUUUGAACCUGCUGAAAAGACGCACACAACCCAGCUCCCCCCAUCUCUGUCUCCUCCCCCCUUACCCACCGCACGCAAGAACAAGGCUGCCAUGUGCAAGCCACUGAUGCAGGACCAAGAGGUGUCCUGCAGACCCGUGAUGACGUCAAAAGGUUGCCAGACAGAGGAAGACUGGAAACCACAGACGGUUAUCAUCCCAAUCCCAGUCCCUGUCUUUGUGCCAGUGCCUAUGCAUAUGUACUGUCAGCAAGCACCAGUGCCUUUCACCAUGCCGAUCCCAGUCCCAGUUCCCAUGUUUCUUCCAACCACCCUGGAGAGCGCUGAUAAGAUCGUGGAAACGAUUGAGGAGCUGAAAGUGAAGAUCCCGUCCAACCCGCUCGAGGCUGACCUUCUCGCCAUGGCGGAGAUGAUUGCAGAGGCUGAGGAGAUGGAUAAAGCAUCCUCCGAUCUCUGUGAUCUCGCCAGCAAUCAGAGUGCAGAGGGCUUGCUGGAAGACUGCGAUUUGUUUGGACCAGCCCGAGACGAUGUCCUGGCGAUGGCAGUCAAAAUGGCAAAUGUUUUGGAUGAGCCGGUUCAGGACUUGGAAGCAGAUUUUCCUAAAACUCCCUUAGAUCCCAGCGUUGACUUCCUUUUCGACUGUGGACUCGUGACCACCGAUGAUGAUCAUACAGAACAUGAGCUUCCCAGAGCUGUAAGAAAGAGCCAGAAACGGAUACUGCUGUCAGAGAGCUGCUCCCGAGACUCGAUGAGCAGCCAUUCGGGAUGCACAGGGUUAAAUUAUUCCUACGGAGUGAGCGCCUGGAAGUACUGGGCUCAGUCCAAGCAUUCCGGCAACGAGGGCAGAAAAAACGAAGAGCUGCGAUUUGGCCCUAAACCAAUGAUGAUAAAAGAGGAUAUCCUUACUUCCACUGCUGCUGAACUGAACUAUGGACUGGCACAGUUUGUGAAGGAAAUCUCUCGACCGAAUGGAGAAAGAUACGAUCCAGACAGCAUUUACUACCUGUGCCUUGGAAUACAGCAGAUCUCGGGGCUCUUGGCAGCAUCAAUGCAGAAGGUGUAAGGUUCUCUUUUCACCAAAAACAGGAUGUUUGUUUGCGGCCCCAUGCUGUGAUUCAGAAUGGGAUCUGAAGUGCUGCUAGCACCUGCUUUGCAUGUGUGAAGUGAUUUAAUGAUCAUCCUGUGGAUUCAGGAAGUUUACUAAGCCUGGGGCGAGGACUAAUAUUUCACCAUCGAUCUAUCGUUUUCCAAAAAAGCUGAUGCAUCGAUUUCAUCGACGUUAUGAAAGGGUAAAAAGAAAUACAGCAGUAAUGCACGUGGAGCUGAGUGGAUUAAUAUGUAACAUUACUAGUAAAGGUUUAAAAACUAUUAUACUGAUUUAAAUGACAUCAGUUUGUGCAAAUAUUAUUAUUGUUUAUUUAGCAGACUCCUUUAUCCAAGGCAACUUGCAGAGACUAGGAUGGAGAGCGGGGGAAACUUUGUUUAAAACCUUUACACAGAAACAAUGCACAGGCUUGACUGUCGAUAGCAUUCAAACGAUGUGGUGGAUAGAUGCACUGCUUCAGCCUUACAAGUUACAGUAGUAUUGUUUACAUACCUGGGCUGCAAUAAAGCCUAUCCGUGCCUUUGCUGUACAGGUGUGUGCCGUAACCGCAAAAAAAAGUCUUCUGCAAAUAGUUUUGUCAUGUUUGCCAGGCUCAGUGAACAGAUUCAUUAAUUAAAAACAUUAAAUAAAUGACUGGUAAAAGCUUAUGUAUCUCAUUUUCCAAGAGCUGAUGGUAGAUUGGAAGAACACGACCAGCUUAUGCAUGAGCUUUGAGAGCAGUCUUGCACAACACUUCGACUGGAAUGCAGUCCCUCACAGUCUCUGUGCUAGACAGCAUCUCACUAACCUGCAGGCAAAGUGUCACAAGCAGAUACCCUUGCUGUAAAUGCAAAUAAUUCCCAGCUGGUGAAGAGGACUGCUAAGCAAACCCUUUGUUUGCAUUUGUAGGCAUUGUGUGGAAGGCUUUGACAGGCAGCUGGGGGUAUAGCUCAGCGGUAGAGCAUUUGACUGCAGAUCAAGAGGUCCCUGGUUCAAGUCCGGGUGCCCCCUUGCAACUUUUUAUUAAUUGCAGUUUUUUUUUUAUUUUAUUUUAUUUAUUUAUUUAUGUAAAACAGUAAUUUUUCUCCCAAGCCGGCAGAUUACUGUUCUUUAUCGGUCAAGCCUGACUUUGGAUAGGUUUUGCAUAGUAUUGUCAGACUGUCUGCACUUUUGUUAUAGAGCUGAACUUUGAGAACAAAGGGGUUCUUGUUAUUAGUUUUUCUUGUGUUUUAUGCCCCACCUUUUCAGCUGUGAUGGAAAAUGAAGGGAAUCUGAAAGCAUUUUUAGUUUCUAAUAAGAUAAAGUAAAAAAUAAUAUUUUUAAUUCUUUCAAGAAUUUCAUUUAGGACUUAUUUCCAUGUAAGACGCUCAAACUGUUGAAUUAGUUACAGGCCAGCAGAGUUACUUGGUGCUGAAAGAGUUAUGAUAAUUCUGAAAUGCUUCCCUGCUGUAAUUUCUAAGCCCUGCCACUAGGCGGCACUAGCAAGCAGUACUCGGUGUGUAAGACAAGUGUGUGGUGUUCUAUGUACUGGAAUUACUUGUAAUCUCUGUGGCUCCUCAAACUGCUGAGUUGAAAUGCCACAGUACCAGGCUUCCUGUUCCUGAUGUUGAAAUGUGGAUCUAAUUGUUUUUAGAUGAGCCUUGCCGUUUGGAACACAAAGCACAAUCAGGAAAAGAUACAAUAUGCAUGAUCUGUGUUAAACCCUUUGUUGGGGGUAACAGUCAUAAUAAAAUAUAAUAACUACCUACCCAAAUAUUUCUCACAUCGAUGUAUUUGUGCUCAACAUUAAACUUCCUGAGCUUUGAGUAUCUACUUAUUUAUUCAUUCAUUUUAAGUGCGGUGAGAUGUUGACCUUGAGAAUCAUACAGCAUGAUUUCUGUGAACGACCGCUCCCAUUCUGCUUCCCACAGUGGAAACAGUGCGCUAAAGGGUUAAGUUAAUCACUGUGGGAUUCCUGUUUUCUACACAUCUGGCGUCUGCUGUUUUAUGGGAAAGUUCAGGCCGCAGGAAACUGUGCCAACUAGAAGCAGGCUCUAGGACAAGGACUAAUGCUUUUACAGUGAGCUACCAGUUUCCGAUGGCUUUUUUCAGACAAGAUGAUGUUUUUAUAACCUUGCUUUAUCUCCGUAGUGUAUAUCAUUUGU